AUGGCUAACACUCCUCACGGUGGUGUCCUUAAGGACCUCUUCGCUCGCGACCUGCCUCGCCAGGCCGAGCUCGAGGCUGAGGCUCAGAAGCUCCCUGCUCUUACCCUCAGCGAGCGACACCUUUGCGAUCUCGAGCUGAUCCUCAACGGUGGUUUCUCUCCUCUCGAAGGUUUCUUGACUGAGAAGGAUUACAAUGGCGUUGUUGAGAACAACCGUCUCGCUGAUGGCGCCCUCUUCUCCAUGCCUAUCAACCUCGAUGUUGAUCAGGCCCAGAUCGACCAGCUCGGUAUCAAGGCUGGUGCUCGCAUCACUCUCCGCGAUUUCCGUGACGACCGAAACCUUGCUAUCCUGACUGUCGAGGAUGUCUACCGACCUGACAAGGUCAACGAGGCCAAGAAGGUCUUUGGCAGCGAUGAUGACACUCACCCCGGUGUCAAGUACCUCUUUGACACCGCUAAGGAGUUCUACGUUGGUGGCAAGCUUGAGGCUAUCAACCGUCUCGAGCACUACGAUUUUCUCGACCUCCGAUUCACUCCUUCUGAGCUCCGCGCUCACUUCAACAAGCUCGGCUGGCAAAAGGUCGUCGCUUUCCAGACCCGAAACCCCAUGCACCGAGCUCAUCGUGAGUUGACGGUCCGCGCCGCCCGCUCCCAGCAGGCCAACGUCCUGAUCCAGCCCGUCGUCGGUCUCACCAAGCCCGGUGACAUUGACCACUUCACCCGUGUCCGUGUCUACAAGGCUCUCCUGCCCCGAUACCCCAACGGCAUGGCCGCUCUCGCUCUUCUGCCCCUCGCCAUGCGAAUGGGUGGUCCCCGCGAGGCUCUCUGGCACGCCAUUAUCCGAAAGAACCACGGUGCUACCCACUUCAUCGUUGGCCGUGACCACGCCGGUCCCGGUAAGAACAAGCAGGGUAAGGACCACUACGGUCCUUAUGACGCUCAGGUCCUCGUCCAGGAGCACCAGGAGGAGCUUGGUAUCAAGAUGGUCGAGUUCCAGGCCAUGAUCUACCUCCCCGACUCUGACGAGUACCUCCCCAUCAACGAGAUCCCCGAGGGCACCCGCACCCUCAACAUCUCCGGUACUGAGCUCCGACACCGUCUCCGAACCGGCAAGGAGAUCCCCGAGUGGUUCUCCUACCCCGAGGUCGUCAAGGUUCUUCGCGAGGAGAACCCUCUCCCCGCUGAGAAGGGUUUCACUGUCUUCAUGACUGGUUACCAGAACAGCGGAAAGGACCAGAUCGCUCGUGCUCUCCAGGCUACACUCAACCAAGGUGGUGGUCGCCCCGUCUCCAUGCUUCUCGGUGAGAACGUGCGACACGAGCUCUCUCCUGAGCUUGGCUUCACCCGCAAGGACCGUGACCUGAACAUCCAGCGCAUUGCCUUUGUUGCCUCUGAGCUGACCAAGGCUGGUGCCGCUGUCAUCGCCGCUCCUAUUGCUCCCUUCGAGGAUGCUCGCAAGGCUGCCCGCGACCUCGUGGAGAAGUCCGGACCCUUCUUCCUCGUCCACGUUGCUACUCCUCUCGAGUUCUGUGAGAAGACUGACCGCAAGGGUGUCUACGCUGCUGCUCGCCGUGGUGACAUUAAGAACUUCACCGGUGUUGAUGACCCCUAUGAGACCCCUGCCAAGCCCGACCUCGUUGUCGACCUUGAGAAGCAGAACGUCCGAUCCAUUGUGCACCAGAUUGUCCUGCUCCUUGAGAGCAACGGUCUCCUCGACCGCCUGUAA